CCACCUCUUCCAUCCUUCCAAACUAGAAAAACAGCAACAAGAAAAUUUUCUCUCCCUCCCUCCCUCCCUCCAUCCCUCUCUUUCUCGGUGCGGCUAUCGGAACCCUAACUCCCAGGGAAUUUUCUCCAACGAUGAAGCGGCAAUCGCAGCGGGAGUCGGACGACGGCGCUUCGGCUCCGUCGAACAACCUCUGGGUGGGGAACCUGGCGCAGGACGUGACGGACUCGGAUCUCAUGGCGCUCUUCGCCAAGUACGGCGCCCUCGACAGCGUCACUUCAUACUCGUCCAGGAGCUACGCCUUCGUCUUCUUCAAGCGCGUCGAGGACGCCAAAGCCGCCAAGGAGGCCCUCCAAGGCGCGGCGAUCCACGGAUCGCCGCUGAAGAUUGAGUUUGCCAGACCGGCCAAGCCUUCCAAGUCGUUAUGGGUCGGGGGAAUCAGCCCCACAUUAUCCAAGCUGCAGUUGGAGGAAGAGUUCCAGAGCUUUGGUAAACUCGAAGAUUUCAAGUUUCUCAGAGAUCGGAACACUGCAUUUGUUGAAUUUUGUAAGCUGGAAGACGCUGUAGUAGCCAUGAAAAGCAUUAACGGGAAGCGAAUUGCUGGCGAACAGAUUCGCGUGGAUUUCCUUCGGUCUCAACCUUCGAGAAGAGAAUACGCCCACGACUAUCGCGAUUCAAGAGAGAAUCAGUACUCUGUCGCACAACCCGGACUAAGGCGAUCUCAGCAACCCAUGUCCUCUGGUGGGCGAAGAGAAGGUCAACCUAGUAAAGUUUUGUGGGUAGGUUAUCCCCCUGCCCUGCAGAUCGACGAACAAAUGCUCCACAAUGCCAUGAUUUUAUUUGGUGAGAUUGAGAGAAUCAAGAGUUUCCCUUCAAGGCACUACUCAUUUGUGGAAUUCAGGAGUGUUGAUGAAGCUCGUAGGGCCAAAGAAGGUUUGCAAGGGCGCCUAUUUAACGAUCCUCGUAUAACGAUCAUGUUUUCAAGCAGUGGGUCGGCUCCAGGGAAAGAGUAUUCUAAUUACUACCCCGGAAUAAAAGGAAGGUCAGAUGAGUUUGGAACUGGGCAAUUGGAGAUGCUUGAUUAUCAGCAGCAGUCAAUAGGUGGACCUGGGGGAAACUUUUUGCAGCCUCCUUUUGGCCCUCAAGGUGGUGGUUUGGAUCAUUUAAACUCGAAUGCCCAGUUGGCUCCAACUUGGAGAAGGCCCUCUCCACCGUCAGCUGGCAUCCUUCCUUCUCCCGGGUCUAGGAUCAGGCCACCGAUGAAGUCUGGUACUAGUGGGUGGGAUGUGCUUGAUACAAAUCAGUAUCAGAGGGAACCGAAAAGAUCGAGGAUUGGAACUCCAGAUGAUGAUUCUUUCCCACUAAGAAAUAACGUUGAUAAUCGUGGUUUAGGAUUAAGCAGGUCACAUGCACUUGGUCCUCUAAGUGAUAAAAUCGCCUUGAAUCGCUUUGGAAAUGCGCCAGGAAACAACGGUGCAAGGGGUGAAGCAGAUUUUAUUUGGCGUGGUGUCAUUGCCAAGGGCGGGACGCCUGUCUGUCAAGCUCGUUGUGUCCCUAUUGGGGACCUUAUGGAAUCUGAUUUUCCUGAAGUUGUCAAUUGCUCAGCCAGAACAGGACUGGACAUGCUGGCAAAACACUAUGCUGAAGCUAUAGGAUUCAACAUUGUCUACUUCUUACCAGACAGCGAAGACGAUUUCGCUUCCUACACCGAAUUCCUCCGCUACUUGGGCUCCAAAAACCGUGCUGGCGUUGCCAAGUUUGACGACGGCACCACACUUUUCCUGGUCCCACCAUCAGAUUUCUUGACGGAUGUCUUGAAAGUCCUGGGACCUGAACGUCUCUAUGGGGUAGUUCUGAAGCUGCCGCCACAACAGCAGUUGCCCAGCAGCAAUGUACAACUGCAACAUCACCCAAUGCAGCACCUCUCUCAUGAUUUUGCUAGGGAUCAUCAGCUUCCUCCUGAAGUUGACUACAAUGCUCACAAUCAUCAUCCGAACGAGGAACAACAUGGGUUGCCACUAGAUUAUAACGGGUUGAUGCAUGGUGAAUCAUCAAAGCUUCCUUCAAAACAGUUUUAUUCAGCGGUUGCUGAAUCCCCGUCAGCAGCGUCAGUUUCACGAGACUAUCCGGCUACCAACAAUGCAGCUUCAGUAUCAACAACUGGAGUUUCCUUGACACCAGAGCUGAUAGCCUCUCUUACAUCCCUACUGCCUGCAAAAGCCCAAGUGCCUGGGCCUGAAAGUAGUCAGCCAGCACAGGGUGUGUCUACUGCGAGGCAUUUUUCUUCAGCUGGGACUCCCCCACAGGGAUGGAAGCCUGACUAUUAUGGUGGAAACCCUAAUAAUAACAAUAAUCUUCAACAACUUGGGGCUCAACCCAAUUCUCAGUCACAGUUUCACUCGCAGUAUCAGCCAUAUCCUCAGGCCAACCAGCAGAUGACAGCUCAAUCCAAUGCAAACUUAUCACAUCAGGUGGCAGCUCAAUCUAGGCCAAUGAACAAUUUUCCUUUGGUGUCUCAGAGUGGACAGAUGGUUUACCCUCCCCAGGUCAACCAGCAGCAAUAUCAUCAGCUUGAUCCCUAUGGAACUCAAAAGAAUUAUGGAAUAGCCCAUGGGCCAUCCGAUGCUCCUGUUCCAUACAGCCCAUCUGUUGUUCAGCAGCCUCAUAACCCUGUUCCAAUGCCGCCUAGUCAUGCUCCUGUUGCUAAUUAUUUACCAACGCAGUCUGGGAUUCCACAGUCAGGCGUGGAUCACCAGGGUCAGGCGGCGCAGCUGGAAGCCCAGCAGUCUGGAGCUGGUGUUCAAACCACGUCGGAGACUGAAGUUGAUAAGAACCAGAGGUACCAGUCGACAUUGCAGUUUGCUGCUAACCUUCUCCUUCAAAUACAGCAACAGCAGCAAACAAAUGCUUCAGCUGCUCCUGGAUCAGGAAACCAGCAAUGACAGCUCUUUCUUCAUCUUGGUAAUGUUCUACUUUGUUACAUUUCUGCUUGUUUUUCUGAAGUUACCAGCUCGUUGUCUCUCCUGGGUGUGCUGCUGUUAUUUUUCUCUGAUGAUGGCCAUUUUUUUUUUUUUUGUUAUUUUCCUUGUAGUUCUCUUAGAUCUGUCUUGGGUAAGACCUUAAUCAGAUUAAGUUAAAUCUGGCUAGCGUUCUUGUGUUUUUCUUAAGGUAGUCACAUAAGAAUUUGAGAAUACUAUCUUUUGCACAUUAGGACGAUUAGAAUUGGUCUCUGCACAAGAACUUGAACUGUAUUAAUACUUUAGGUAAAGAACUAUAAUACUAUCGAAGCAUGGUAGGAUAAGUUUAACUUGUCUGCUUGAUAUGGCAUCCAACUUCUAGGGAUUGAUGUUUAACUUGUCUGCAUAAACUUGAUGUGCAUGAACACUGAUAUGAUUCCUUAUAUCUGUUUUCUUUCGCUUCCUUCAUCUAUUUGUUAUGCAUGUGAGUUUUAGCCUUCACUCCUGAGAUGCAUACUGUCCCACUCAAAUCAUGUUUGCGUUUGCAUUUCUUUGGUCCAAGUGUCAUCCAUUUUUCUGCGUUUGUGGUUUUGCUGGAGCUACAGUUCGUAGAUAGGUCAGUGCUCAUCAUAUAUAUGGAGUUUAGGUGGUUAAGCCUCCCUUUAACUGUAAGCACCAGAUGUAGUUGUACUUAUUGCUAGAGCUUGUUUUAUGAAGAAUUAAACAUGUAUUUGGUGAACAUAAAAUAGCAAUUAGAUGGCUCAUCACUCUGUGGUGGUUUUCUUGCCUCUACAAACUCGGUAUUGCUACUGAAAGCUGCCCCUUUGAAUGGAAUAUCCCAAUAGUACAAAACCAGCAGGAGUGUAUUGGACGAUCAGAAAAUCGGACCAUUUCGAGUGUUCGUUGUGUAUUCUUUCGGUUUACUAGUCACUGAACUUAGGCAUCUGCCUGUGCUUUUCGUCUUCUCAUAUCCGAAUCCUGUUAAGUGACUUCUGGUCAUUGAUUCUGUGCUGAAUCACCUUUCUACCACCCUCACCAGUAACAUGAGUGAGCUUUGGGUGCAUUGAUGCCAAUAUCGCAAGGUGCAGAAUGCCCACAAUAAUAAAUAACGUAAUUAGUUGAGAGCAUUGAUUCCAAAUUGCGUUUAGCUCUCCAUAUCUCUUGCAGCAGAAUUUCCCAGUCCGUCAAGCAACCAGCCGGGAGUGAAAACUUCUCCAGUAAACCGGGUUUUACGGACUAGGCUACCGGUUUACCAUUCUGCACUCUAUUUCAGUCUCGUGUAUCUCCAUUGCCAUUUCCUUAUUGCCAUGGCCGCCUCCAGUUAGAUUGUGAAUGCCUGCAACGAUCCGCUUACAUUCAUUUCGUAUCUCUAAUCGCGUAGUCGAGGGUUUAGCUUGAGGACCCGUCUACCGAGUUGUUGAAAUGAAAGGGGAAUCGUGCUUGUGCAGACGCUGAUGUAUUCUCUUUCCGUUCAUGGCUUUGUGGUUUGUAGGGCGUUCUUGCAGAGCUGCGAAGAGAAAUUUUACCGCGUCUUCGAGACGGUUUUAUGCCUCCUGAUUUGGCCUUGCCAUCUCUCUCCUGGGGAAUUUCAAUCCCUUCCAGCGAGCAAAUUUUUUCAAUGUACAGUUACUAGCAGUAGCAGCAGCCAGCAGAGAGCUUUCUGGCGUUGUUGUUCCGCUUGCACUCCUUUCGGUCUUACCUUGUGGCAUCCUAGUUCUUUCGACAACCUUAAAACUUUAGCAUACAGGCCCAAGUUAGUAUGUAGAGUUAAGCUCAUAAUAAUUUUGUCUUGCAUAAUUUCUGUAUGGUAGAUUGUAUGUUUAGUAGUGUACUACUGUAACAUUUCCUUUCAUUGAUUCCCAACAAAUUUACACAUAAUUUACUUGAUUCACAUUAGUAGCUGCUUUAUUUGUAUCCAUUAAUACAAGG